AUGGCCUUCUCUCGUAAUGGGUUGUCCACAGUUAUACUGGUUGCUCUUGGAAUGAGCUCUUUGAUCAGUGUUGCAUUUAGUGGCAACUUCUACCAAGAUUUUGACAUAACAUGGGGUGAUCACCGUGCCAAGAUAUUCAAGCAAGGCCAGCUUCUCUCUCUAUCCCUCGACAGGACUCCGUUGUCGUCCCAAGGUCCUACCCACGACGAGAUCGACUUUGAGUUCUUGGGAAAUCUAAGUGGGGACCCUUACAUAGUCCAUACAAACGUGUUCACUCAAGGCAAGGGCAACAGAGAGCAGCAAUUCUACCUCUGGUUUGAUCCCACCAGAAAUUUCCACACCUACUCCAUUGCUUGGAAUCCCCAACACAUCAUAUUCCUGGUGGACAAUAUGCCCAUAAGAGUAUUCAAGAAUGCUGAAUCAAUUGGGGUGCCUUUCCCGAAGAGCCAGCCCAUGAGAUCUAUUCGAGCCUCUGGAAUGCCGAUGACUGGGCCACCAGAGGAGGGAUAG